AGUGCCGGGAUUUCCUUUUCCCCAGUCAGCCUUCGAAGCCGCGCCGGCGGUGUCCCGAGCAAUGGGAGUGGGGAGAUGCCCCGUCACUGCUCUGCCACUGGCUGCUGCACCCGUGAUACACCUGAGACGCGCAACCGAGGCAUUUCCUUCCAUCGGCUUCCAAAGGACAACCCCCGGCGGGCCAUGUGGUUGGAGAACUGUCGGCGGAAGGACAUGAGUGGCCAAGGCCUCUGGGACCCUGCCUCCAAGUAUGUUUACUUUUGCUCCAAGCACUUUGAGAAGAGUUGCUUCGAACUGGUGGGCACCAGUGGUUACCAUCGGCUCAAGGAGGGUGCUGUUCCCACCAUAUUUGAAGUUCACGCCAAACCACGCCGAAAAUCAAAGCUAGGCAACUCCAAACUCGCAAAGCGUCAACAGAAGAAGAGCUGCAGCCUUUGCUCAGAGGAGGAGUCGACCUCGUUGUGCAUGGACAUCUCAUGCUUCCCUGCGCAAGAGCUACCAAGCCCUGGGGCUGCUCCCACCAGCGGCGAGCCCCGAAGCCAGCCCAUCCUUCCUGAGCCCGAGCCAGAGCGCUCGGCCACCCUAUCAGACAUUCCCCUGGAACAGUCGCCAGCUGCCACGGGCCAGGAAGAAGCAUCUCCUUCUCCAGCUCUCCCGGAGCCUGUGGGGAAUCCAGCCCAUCCCGUUUCCCUCUCCCUGUACAUGCUGCGCCUCCCUCCCCGGGCCGGUGCCUACAUCCAGAAUGAGCACAGCUACCAGGUGGGCAGUGCCUUGCUGUGGAAAAGGCGGGCCGAGGCGGCACUUGAUGCUCUGGGGAAAGCGCAGCGACAACUGCAGGCCUGCCGGCGCCGGGAGCAGCGGCUCCGUCUGCGCAUCUGCGAGCUGCAGCGGGAACGGCGGCCGCACAGCGCUGACACACAUCGGCGGCUCAAAGAGCACCUGCAAGUCUUUGAACUGCAGCUCCUCAAUGAACUUGAAUAACUCUGGGAUGGGCCAAAACCAGUCUUCCCGUAUUUGGCACAGUCUCUGCUCUGGGCUGUAUAUUUCCCUUGGCCAAGCUGUGCGUUGGAGCUUGGGGCCCUACGAACUAGGUGGCCGCUUGAUGCUUGCCUCCUUCCCUUUUACUGUUCGUGUUUACUCCCUGUGAAUAAAGAUUGUUUUGUAUAA